AUGUCUGCUUUGUCAGAGAUAGACGCUGCCUUUGGAAGCCGUACUCUGGCAGAGCUUGUACGGAUCGAGCCGAUUCUAAUUGCUUGCGAUUUACUAAAAGGACUUGGUGAUUUGGGCGAAGGUAAAGGAGCUAGGUACCAUCGAGCUCUUCAUUUUUUAGCGACCCUUGUUCCACGGAAGUCCACUCAUGGAAAAAAGGCGAACCUCAUUGGUCAUUUCAUUGAAGAGCAUGUUCUUGGUAUAAUAACUCAGUUUGCUCACGUAGUCAAUGACUUUCAUAUCAGACAGCCCUUGACUGAGAAGAAGAGAAACAUUAUAGCCAUAGGGGAAAUGAUCAAGGUGGCUAGAGGCUACGUCAGCAGUGCUUUACCGCAGGCCUUAACGGAGUUAGUGCCUUAUCUGUCCAAACAUGAGGAAUUUCUCCAUCGCACUGUCCUUAGCGAGCAGCCUGAUCCAGUUGUCGCUCAUUUAGUGCGAGCUUUACUUGACUGCUGCGUUAAGUUUAACAUGAGCUCGGACGUUAUUACAUAUUCGGUUAAAGAAAAGAAAGACAUCCUUGUUCUAUCAAACUUUGAGAAUAUGGAGGAGACUUUUGACUUUAUUCUUUUUUUCCUUCAGCAUGUGCUGGUAGAAACAUUUCUGUCAGCCUCCAACACUAGGGCUCAGGGGUUUCUUGCUUAUGCCAUGCAAGGCUUGCUAAGGUUUUGCAACCUUGACUCAGCUGUUACCCAACGCUCGCGUGAUAUCCAAGCAGAUGAAAAGUAUCAGCGUUGGUUAGAGCUCCCCGAAAGCGUUCGCAAUACAUUAACCCCUUUCCUGACGUCAAAAUAUACGGUUACAAGUGUUUUUGAGGUCCUUGAUUACCUUUCAAGAUGGCUACAAGGGAAGAAAAAGCAACUCAAUAGUCUCAAAAGCCACGCACAUCAUGGAAGUCGCUUUAAUAGGGAGGCUUCCCGUGAUUUGCUUAUGGAUACGUAUUCGUCUCAAAUUAAAUCUGUUGAAACCUUGCUGGCGUCAAUACCACCAGAAGUUAUUUCUAAAAGGGCUGUUGAGUGCAAAUCAUUUUCUAGGGCAUUGUUUCACUGGGAGCAAUACAUCCGUCAAUGUAGGAAUCAUCCGAACAAGAAAGUCGGUCUUGACGAUGAACCUCUAUAUCAGCGCCUCCAGGACAUCUACAGUCAGAUUGACGAGCCAGAUGGUGUUGAAGGCAUCUCAACUCAUUUACACGCGCUUAACAUUGAUCAACAGGUUCUUGAGCAUCGUAAAGCAGGGAGAUGGGCUACUGCGCAGAAUUGGUACGAAUUACAACUCGAAGAGGAACCAACAAAUAGCGACGCCCAGUGGAAUCUCCUGACAUGCCUGAAGGAGUCAGGACAACAAGAUGCCAUUCUUACUAGGUUUGAGAUUCUAAAAUCAACACCUUCGGUAUCCAAGCUACUUCCGUUUGCUGUAGAGGCGUCUUGGAUUACGGGGAAAUGGGGGAAAUUGCAUGACUAUCUUCAACUUUGCUCGCGACAAGGUACAGGUGAUUUCAACAUCGGCAUUGGUUCAGCUUUUGAUACUUUCCGUCAUGGUAGCAGAGGGGAGUUUGAGGCAAUUAUUAACGAUUUGCGGCUCACUGUUGCCAAGUCACUAACUACCAAUUCGGUGACGUCCUUGCAGUCAUGCCAUGAUAGCAUGCUUAAGUUACACGCCUUGGCAGAUGUGGAAGCAAUGGCUAAUCUGAAAGUUGGACAAAAUGUCACUCAUUCGGAAAUAAGCAAUAUUCUUGAUCGUCGCUUGAGUGUGCUAGGAGGUCACAUUUCCGACAAGCAGUAUCUUCUUGGUUUAAGGAGAGCUACGAUGGAGUUGACAGGAAGUUUUUCCGAUUUUGAUGUAGCCAAUGCUUGGCUUACUAGUACACGCCUCUUGCGAAAGAGUAAUUUCACAAACCAAGCAUACCAGUCAAUGCUUCAUGCAGCACGUCUAGGGGACAGAUCAGCCACCAUAGAACACGCUCGACUUCUUUGGAAAGAUUGUCAUCAUCGAAAAGCAAUACAGAUUCUAGAGAGUGCUAUUGCUGCCAAUGAGUUUGCUCUUGACACAUCCUGUUUCGAGGAUACAGGUCCGAUAACUAUAACUUCAGACCGUGGAAAGAGCCAGGAUUUGCUCACAGCCAGGGCUCAUUUAUUAUUGGCAAAAUGGACAGAUAGGGCUGGACAAACACAAUCCGAAGUUAUAGUCCAAAGAUACCGUGAAGCCAUAAAACUCCAUCCAAGGUGGGAAAAGGCCCAUUACUACCUAGGAAAACAUUACAAUAAAAUCCUAGAGUCUGAAAAAGCAAAGCCACUUGGGAAAGAGGCCCAGAUAUAUUUGAGCGGCGAAGCCUCGAAGCUUGUCAUUGAUAAUUAUCUUCGCUCCUUAGCUCACGGAAACAAGUAUGUUUUCCAGUCGCUACCUAAAGUCCUCACGCUUUGGCUGGAGCAUGCUUCCGCCGUUGACCAACCAUUUGAUCCAAAGAGAGUGCGUAUUGAGGAUAAAACAUUCAAGAUAAACCUGGCACGAAACUUGGGGUUCAAUCACAAAGUAGCACCUUGCGGAUUGGUCGUGCCAUUCCAGGCCAUGUUGACGCCAACAUUGCCGGCCAGUCACGAUUCCGGAUACCUGAAGGGAUUCAGAGCUUUCCCUAGGGAUCCAACCACAAUAGAAACUGUGCUUGACGAUGCACAAGUUCUAAAUUCUCUCCAGAAACCACGGAAGAUUAGCAUUCGUGGUUCGGACGGAAAGAUAUACAACACUCUUUGUAAACCCAAAGAUGAUCUACGCAAAGAUCAACGUCUUAUGGAAACUAAUCCACACCAGUACAAUGAGAUCAGACACUUUUUGAAUGAGGCAUGCUCUGAUAUCUCGAAGCUCUCUUUGUUUACGACACAGAUUCUAUCGAAGUUCCCUCCGGUCUUGCAUGAGUGGUUUGUAGAAAUGUUUCCAGAAUCAGGCACAUGGUUUGUGGCACGGCUUCGGUACACUCGGUCUUGUGCUAUAAUGUCCAUGGUCGGAUACGUUUUAGGACUCGGAGAUCGGCAUGGUGAGAAUAUUUUAUUUGAAGAGGGGACAGGUGGUAUUAUCCACGUUGAUUUCAAUUGUCUAUUUGAUAAAGGCUUGACAUUUGAUAAGCCGGAACUGGUCCCCUUUCGUUUAACUCAGAAUAUGGUUGAUGCAUUCGGUAUAUAUGCUUAUAAUGGGCCGUUUCGAAAAACUUGCGAAAUAAGUCUUGGGCUGUUGCGCCACAAUGAAGAUGCGCUAAUGACUGUGCUCGAGACUUUCCUACACGAUCCAACAGCAGAUUUCAUUGGGAAAAAACGUCGCACCCAUGUAGGCGUUCCAGACACCCCUGCUGGUGUUUUGGAAAACGUUCGUAACAAACUUCGUGGUCUACUGCCUGGUGAAUCUGUUCCAUUAUCUGUAGAUGGCCAUGUGGAUGAACUUAUUAUGGAAGCGACAGACAAGAGAAAUCUGGCUGCAAUGUACAUUGGAUGGUGUGCAUUCUUCUAG